AUGAAUGAAUUUGAUCCGGCCCAUCCGUACAAUGAUGAUAACGACGAAGACGAUUUGUUCGUGAGUAUGAUGUACCAGUAUUACACAGACAACCUACUACAACCAGAUCCAACUCCACUACUCACGCGACAUGCGGCGUUAAAUAGAGAUCGUGAGGAAGGGCAUCGGCGGCUAGUUAACGAUUACUUUGCGGAAAAUUGUGUCUACCAGCCAAACGAUUUCAAAAGAAGAUUUUGUUUGCGAAAAAAUGUCUUCGAAAGGAUAGCCAACGCUAUAGAAACAGGAUAUGAUGCUAGAGGCAAACGAGGCUUCACAGGGUUGCAAAAAUGUGUUGCUGCAAUUAAACUUAUGGCAAUGGGGGAGUCACUCGAUUCUAUUGACGAUUAUAUGAGAAUGUCUGAGAGGACCGCACGAGAAAGUUUGUAUUUAUUGGCAAGAGGUGUUGUCGAAACAUUCGGUGACCAAUACUUGUGCAAACCUUCGUUGCAUGAUAUGCAACAAUUAUAUGUGGCGCAUGAAGAAAGACAUGGUUUUCCGGGUAUGCUUGGGAGCAUUGAUUGCACACACUGGAAAUGGAGAAAUUGUCCCGUGGCGUGGAAAGGCCAGUAUUUGAGUGAUCAUCAUGGAGCGCCUUCGUUGGUAUUAGAGGCUGUUGCUUCACAAGAUUUAUGGAUUUGA